UCUAUUGCUUCUGUUUUGUAUAACUACUCUUUGUUAUACAUAGCCAUUUUAGUUACUCUUGUUCGUUUCUCAUUCCUCCUCUCUAUCUCUCUCAUGGCUCUUUAAAACUUUGAUCAUCUUUAAUACCUCUUGACCCUUUCCUUUGUUUUUCAUCUUGGUUUCUUGUUUUCUCAAUUGGGUUCUUCUUGUAAUUCAAGGUUUUUAAUCCUUUCUUGAAAUUCAAUAAAUAAAAAGUUUUCUUUCUUCUUGUGUGUGUGCCAUUACAACUCAUUAAUGGCACAACUCCCUCCAAAAAUCCCAACCAUGACGACCACAACGACGCCGCAUUGGCCUGACUUUUCCUCUCAGAAACUCCCUUCCAUCGCCGCAACUGCCGCCGCAACCGCAGCUACCGCGGGACAACAAAACCCUACGUGGAUGGAUGAGUUUCUCGACUUCUCAUCGACUCGUCGUGGGACACACCGUCGUUCAAUUAGCGACUCCAUCGCUUUUCUCGAAGCUCCUUCCUCCGGCGUCGGAAACCACCACUUCGACAGGUUUGACGACGAGCAAUUCAUGUCCAUGUUCAACGACGACGUGCACCAAAACCAUCACAAUAACCACCAUGGCAGCGUCAACGGCAAUGUUGGUCACACGCGUUCUUCUUCCAACACCUCUACACCGUCGGAUCCCAACAGCCUAACCGAGGAGGACAACAAAGAACAACCACCGUCCGAUAAUAAUCUCAUGGACACCACAGACAAUAACAACAAUGUCGCCGGUAACAAUUACAAUGAAUCAGAUGAGGUUCAAAGCCAAUGCAAAACGGAGCCACAGGACGGUGCUCCGUCGUCGGCAAAUCAAAACUCCGGCGGAAGCUCAGGCAAUCGAAUUAACGAUCCCAAAAGAGUUAAAAGGAUUUUAGCAAAUAGGCAAUCAGCACAAAGAUCAAGGGUGAGAAAACUUCAAUAUAUAUCAGAGCUCGAACGGAGCGUUACUUCAUUGCAGACGGAAGUGUCAGUGUUAUCGCCAAGAGUUGCGUUUUUGGAUCACCAGCGAUUGCUUCUCAACGUCGACAAUAGCGCUAUCAAGCAACGUAUCGCCGCUUUAGCACAAGACAAGAUUUUCAAAGACGCUCACCAAGAAGCAUUGAAGAGAGAAAUAGAGAGACUUCGACAAGUAUAUCAUCAACAGAGCCUCAAGAAGAUGGAGAAUAAUGUCUCCGAUCAAUCUCCGGCUGAUAUCAAACCGUCCGUUGAGAAAGAACAGCUCAAUGCCUAAAGCGGUUUCACUCAUUAAGAUCUUAUUUCUUCAUGGCGUAAAGAUUCUUGACUUAAAACCUCUUUGUGUCAAGAAAUUAAUUUAUCAAGAAGGCAAUUUUAUUUAAUCCAAUCACAUUUUUUAAGUUGUGAUGAAGUUUCUUUGAUGUAUCUGAUUUUUUUCAUUAUGGAGUGGGAGGGAAAUUUGGAAAUGCUAUGUAUAAAACCUAGCUGAUCUGUUGUUUAUUUGAUUUUUUUUUUGUUGGAGUGUCUAAGCAUUGUGUACUAAUUGAUAUUGUUCCAGAUGGUUUUUUUUUCAU